AAAUUAGAUGUGAACAUGGUAUAUUUAAGUGAAGACAGAGCAGGAUCGUCAUUAGACGCAGACAGAGCUCAAAAUAUGGAAACAUCAAUGGCCGCCCCGACGGCGCUCCUUGUGUUGCUGGCUACCGUCCUGGUAGUGUCUGUUCAGGGUAACAUAACCGUGACACCUGACCCAGCAGUAGUGGACGAGACCGCCGGCAGCAUCAUUCUCAACGUCACCAACACUAUGUUGCCAACAGCGGGCCUUUGGGGCUUCACUUACGAGACAGCUGAUGACACAGCAGAUGGAUCCGACUAUACAGCUAUUUCUGCAACGUCACAGAUGAUUCAAUUUUCACAAGACACCUUUCAAAUUACGAUCAUGAUAGUGAAUGACACGGAUCUCGACCCCGGAGAGACGUUCUUGGUGAAGCUAACAAGUUUCAUCCGGGGUGAACCUGACAUCAACGUGACAGUCAGCAUCACCGACGAUGAACGUCCUCCCGUACAGCUGAAACAGCCUGCCGACAUUGCGAUCAAGGAGAGCGCCACCAACAACAUUACUCUGACACUUGAGCGGAACGACACCAGCACCCACCCCUUCACAUUCCAGCUGCACAUCGUGGCGGGCACUGCGGUUGCCGGAACGGACUUUGCACAUUUCGGACUGUGGAUAACUAUCACAUUCGCUGAAAACGUAACAAGACUGACACGAGAACUGGCCUCCGUCAUCAAUGACUUGGUGGAGGAACCUUCAGAAGUGUUUACUGUUUUCAUCACCGGCGACGAAAUCACCAACAACAUCACUGUUACCGUCACCAUCAACGACAACGACGCUCCGGAUCCCUUCCACUGUGGUCGUGGUAAGAGUCAACCCUGUCUCAACAACGGUACCUGCAUAAACGAAGGCUGUCUGGGGACCACUGGGUACUGCAACUGUUCACCUGAAUUUACGGGGGUCAACUGUGGAAUUGAAAGGUCAACGAUAACAACAAACUGCAGUCAAGCUUGUGCGAAUGGAACAUGUGUGGAUGGAACAUGCAUCUGUGAUCCAGGUUUUGCGGGGGAUAUUUGCGACAAAGCCGCGUAUUUUCACCAGUGUAAUCCUACCAACUUCAGCGUCUGUAUCACGCCUUUCUCGCUCGACACAUUUUGCGGGGACGUGUUUGUACUCCGCUUCCAGAAUGUCUUCGAGUGCAACCUGACACUGGCCCCUACCCAGGCUGAUCCAAGCGACGGCAUCGUGGACUGGUGCAAGGGCUAUGGUGCCGCCAUCCCCUACAACGGCACGUGUGGUGAACUGGGACCGUCCUUUAGUGGCAACGUGACGUCCUAUGAACUAGAGUUGUAUGUACAAUACACCAGGGAUCUCAGACAGUGCACUGACGAGAAGGUCACCUUUACCUGCCAGUUCAACAACAACUCCCUCGAAGUCACCCACAACAUCGCCGUUGAAGGCCAGUCGAGCAGCAGCGAUGAAACGUCUUUUCAGCGCGGAACGGGUCAACUUGUCCCGGCCAAUAUGGACGCCACAGCUAGAGAUGGAAGUCCGCUCCCAUCCCUGCUGACUUUAGGAACCGAUGUCAAGAUAUCCCUGUCCGUUCAAAAUAUACCGGGACAUGAAGGCAUCAUCAUCUUCUCCAUCACCGUCCACAACAACAGACCGGGCACGGACAAGAGAUCCCUGACUCUGUAUAAUGAAGGGUGCGCCCCUCAAGUCUACAGAGGCAUUCUGAUCGUGCCCCCAUACUUCUCCCCUGCCGGACAGAAACACACGGUCUGCUUCGUCUUCAGGCUGUUUGUGUUUGAACAUGAUCUGAGUCUAUCCAACCCUGUCCUGGCCCUCAAAGUCCGAUUUAGGAUCUUCAGCAGUGCGACUUCAGCUGUGAUGCCGACGUGUAGUGGCCGCAGAAAACGACAAGCUGUGGAAGGAGAUCUCACCAUGUCAAGAACUUUCAAAAUCACUAUUGAAGAAAAUGGAGUCCAAACAGUGGUGAAAGAAAAUGUGGAAACCAGUGGUUCCAAAACGUGGAUGGUUCCAGCCGUAGUUGGAAUCGGAUCCGUCGCCAUCGCUGUUGCCGUCAUCGCCAUCUUCAUGGGCGUCAUCAUCACCAGACGAAGGCGAAAGUCGAAUAUGAAAGAAACUGACCACACAUCUUAUUACAAAAAUUAAAACAGUUUACUCCAAUACUUCAAGAAGUAAACUCAACCUUGGAAGUAUUCGGGUUGUCUGUUAGAACUGGAAAACAUACAAUUUAAUGUUCUGGUUAGAUUUCUAAAAGACACUCUCGGUAAACUCUCCCCUGCCCAACUCAACCGUGGAAGUAUUCGGGUUGUCUGUUAGAACUGGAAAACAUACAAUUUAAUGUUCUGGUUAGAUUUCUAAAGGACACUCUCGGUCAACUCUCCCCUGCUCAACUCAACAGUGGAAGUAUUCGGGUUGUCUGUUAGAACUGGAAAACACAAUUUAAUGUUCUUGUUAGAUUUCUAAAAGACUCUCUCGGUCAACUCUCCCCUGCUCAACUCAACAGUGGAAGAAUUGCGUGUUAGAAAUGGGAAACUUUUGUAAUCUUUGUCAUGAUGUUGGGCUGUGUAGUGGCCAACCCAUUUCACUAUCUGUAUAGGAAGAAUCGGGGGGGAAAUGCAUCACCUUGCAUAUUAUCCUUUGCACAUUUCAUCAAAACACGAAUUAAAGAUCCCAUAUUCAUUAUGCAUUUCAAUUAUCACAGUGUUUAGACCAGAUUUUAAGGCCUACAUGGGAUUAAGAUAACGUCGUCUGUUGGAAUGCAGUGUUGUAUUUGGCCAGAUGAAUAAUGUGAUAGUUUUGGUUUAAUGGCAACACCUUUUUCGAAAAAUGAUAAAAUUUCGUUUACUUGUUGAUUAUGAAUGAACAGAGGUUGUUUUUGCUGUAUGUUUGUUUGUUUUUUGGGUUGUUUUUUUUUGUUUUUGAGGGGGUUGACUGAGCACAGUGUUUAUAUAAUUUUCGGAACCGUUUGGGCACGGUGAAUAAUUCACAUUAUUACUACUACUUAUGUUCAAAUAAUCCCUUGGAGUAUCUGGAUUCUGACGUAUUUGGGAUCCUAUUACGGCCAAUACUAUCAUUGACUUUUGAAACAGAGAAGCAGGUAUACGAUGUGUUAAAAAUUAAUUGAAUAAAUGUUUUGUUUUCAUUCUUUGAAAUAUCAAAAAAUCGGAAUUUUAUUAGGCACGAUGGGUUAGAUAUAAAAGUUGUAAAAUGUAAAGAAAGCUGCAAUACACAAUUUGGGAACUAUGAAGCCUCCGUGUGAUACUAAUAUUGUGAGGGUUGUCGACACAUCGUUCUGCGCGUGAAACAUACACAAGGUGUAUAUAUAUAAGUUUAGGAAGGUGUACUUAUUUAAGUCAUAUACAUUGUUAUUAUGCAUUCACAUGUAGCACAUUUGGCCAUAUUUCUAAUGGUAACACAUCGGGGUUUUUCAAUGUAUAUCGGUGGCACAAAUAUGUGUAUCUUUGUGGGGUUUGAUUCAUGGGUUCAUAUUGGUUACAUACACAUGAUGGGUGUGUUGGUGUAUUUGGAAUAUAGGGAUUUUGUAUUGUGGGUUACUAACUGUGGUUGAUAGAAAUAUGUAUUAAAACAUGUGUGGGUUGCUAAUAGUGGUUGGCAUAAAGGUAUAUAUUGUUUGUUUGUUGUCCAACGCCGGAUUCAACAAAAUUCCAGCUAUAUGACGGCGGUCUGUAAAUAUUUGAGUCUGGACCAGACGAUCCAGUGAUUGACAUCAUGAGCAUCGAUCCACGCAAUUGAGAUCGAUGACCUGCAUCAACCAAGUCAGCGAGCCUAAUCAUCCGAUCCCCUUAGUCGCAUCUUACGACAAGCAUAGUCGCUUUUUACGGCAAGCAUGAGGUUUAUAUUGGUAGUGGUGCAUGUACUGGAUGGUGAUAUUGAUAUAAAAUAUAAUAAUGGGAUCUACGUAAGGUAUUUUAUGUUCACACAUUGUCAGAUAAUGGUGUUUUUGUCAUGUCAAAGACGAUAAUGAAAAUGAGCAAAUGCUUUUUUAUAUAUUGUAUUGCGUAUUUGGUGUUGAAAAUUAAUUAUUGAAAGGUUAUGUUACGACAUAUCAUU